AUGGCCACUAGGGGUCUUACUCCUGGGAAGUCCGCCUGUUCUAACUUUAACAGGCGCAGAGUAGUGAAGUCUGGCGGAAAAGGUGGCGGUACAACUAAUUUAAGUAACCAUUUAAAACGAAAUCAUGCAGAAAAUAAAGAAGUGAAACUAACUUUAAAAAAAAGUGAGAAUAGUAAUGAAACUCCUAACUCGGACCAAGUAAAUAAUUCGAAGCAAUUACAAUUGUUAUCAAUGACAUUGCCAUCUACUUCUACAUUUACAUACAUGGAUCUAUCUGAAUCUGAAUUAGCAACUCCUAUUUCCUCACCAGCACCUAGUCUAUCAGAGUCAGAAAGUAGAUUUUGUUAUUCGGAUAAAACUACGGUAGAUAAUGAAGGAUUCAGGAAUCUGAUGAAGACUAUUGCGCCUCUUUACUCUGUACCUGGAAGAAAAUCAAUUACAAAAAAAAUGGAAGAAAAAUAUGAAUACCUAAAGGGAUGUGAAAAACAAAAAUUGGAAAAAAUUGAUUAUUUCUCGGUAACGGCGGAUAUUUGGACCGAUGUACUAAAUACUAUCAGCUAUUUAGGGAUAACUAUCCAUUAUGCAUUUGAAGGAGAAUUGCAAGCUACCACGAUUGGUGUUAAGGAAAUGACAGAGCGACAUACUUCUGAAGUUAUAGGAAGAUGGAUGAAAAUGAUUUUAGAAGACUGGAAUAUCGAUGAUGAAAAAAUAGUUUUUGUCGUAACUGAUAACGGAGCAAAUAUUAAAAAAGCAGUUAGAGAUACCUUUGGGUCUAACAGACAUAUUGCGUGUUUUGCACAUUCUAUAAAUUUAGUCGCUCAGGAUACAAUGAACUUUGAAACUGCAAUAUCAUUGUGCGCAAAGGUUAAAAAAAUCGUCACCUAUUUUAAACAGUCUACUAUUGCUGCUGAUGCGUUGUGA